UCAAUUCAACAAAAUAUACUGUGACACAGCCCCACCACUGGGAAGCCCACGAUUUUUACUUCCAAAAACUGUGUGCUGAGGGCGGAAGAAACUAUCAAUGGCGGUUCCAGGGAGGCGCAAUGGCAUGAACGACGACGAAGAGGACAUAGACGAACACGCCCUUUUCGAGGAAGAAGGUUUCGUCGAAGACUACACCGAUACCCCUCCUCACCUCCGCGACCUCUCCGCCGCCGCGCAGGUUGGCGACAUCAACGCCCUCCGCCUCGCUCUAGAUAACUUGACUGGUAGUAUUGAUGAGCCAGUGGAGGAUGGGGAUACUGCUCUUCAUUUGACAUGUUUGUAUGGCCAUUUGGCUUGUGCCCAGCUGCUAAUAGAAAGAGGAGCAAACAUUGAGGCUAAGGAUGAAGACGGUGCAAUUCCUUUGCAUGAUGCUUGUGCUGGAGGAUUUACUGAGAUAGUCCAACUGCUACUAAACAGAGCAAAUAACGCAGAACAUAUAAAGAGAAUGCUGGAAUCAGUUGAUUCUGAGGGUGAUACUCCUCUUCAUCACGCAGCAAGAGGUGAGCAUGUUGAUGUAAUUAGGUUGUUGCUGUCUAAUGGGGCAUCGUCCACAAAGGAAAACUUAUACGGAAAGAUCACUGGGAAUUGCCAAUUUCUAUCAUUCAUCAAUUUCUAAAAUAAUUUUUGGCAGACCCCGGCAGAUUUACCUGAUCAGAACACAGAUGCUCGGAGUUUGCUUCACGCUGCCGUCCCUGCCAUGGCAUGUUAAUCGCCUUAUGACGUUGGUCAGCAGAAGCAUUUAAUUUCAUUUUUAGAGAGGUGCAACACUUUUUGGACCAUAAAAUCUGUAUUACACACACUAUACUCUUUCUUCGAAUUCAAAAAUCAAAAUGAUUUAUCAGAGGAACAUCUUUGGAGUUUUAA